GCGGACUGGACCGAAGCCUCGAAAUUUUCACAAAUCCAUAGUACGAGAAUUAUAACCUGCUCGGACAGGAAUAAAGAAAGAGCGACGAGGCAGUGGGUUUGGCAAUUCGGAAUUUUUUUAUUAUUCGUUUGCAUUUGUAAAAUCCGACUUAAUCUGGUUGCGAUAAGAGCCUUCGAUAAAAAAAAGUUAUAAGGAAAACAAUAUAAAACCACUCGCGGCGCUUGAACAUUGAAUACAAAGAAUAAAAAAAGUAAACAAAAUAAAUGAGUGUCAGAUUGGGAUGAAAAAAAAACACGAGUAAAAAGCGUGUGUUGUGCGUGAGAGUGCCUAUAUAUUAUGGUACUAAAGCCAUCUGUCAUGCAAAACUUUAUUUCGAUUAUCGUCCGUGUUUAAUCAUCAUUUAAAUAUAAUACUAACGGGUUACAAAAAGAAUUUGUCGCGUUUUUUCUUUUUGUCAAAAGUCUCAGAUGUGAUGAGGUUUUUUUUUUAAUUUUCAACUCUACUAUAUCAAGAACAAGAACGAAGGAACUAAUUUGUCCCGAUUAAGCUUUCAUCACGAAGGUGGGAAGAUAUUUUAUCUUUUUUAUUUUCUUUAUUUUCUUUUGACCUUCUAUUUACGUUCGGUCGAACAUCUGCAAUAAUCGCGUCAGAUGUUAAUGAAUUUGCUCUCGAUCUCGUAUCAUUAACUCUCGUUUGUGUUUGGUCAAAUAUCGGCGUGAGAAAAAUUAUAUUACAUUUUUAUCAUUGGCGAGAAUAUAAAGAACAAAUUUGACGAAAAUUCGUGAACAAUGUUGUAUUGUUAAAAACGUAGAAAAGGUGCUCUGGAACUUAGAUAGCGCUCCGUCGGUCAACUGUUCAGGUACAAAGUAUCUCUGUGAUGUUUUCGUCAGGUCUCGGCUGUAAUCUCUCAUUUCCCAGCUGUCUGGGUUACCCUCAAGAUAGCGAAGAGCUUAUUCCAAAGAUGGCGCGCGAGCCAAUUGUCCUCAAUGUCUAUGACAUGUAUUGGAUCAAUGAAUACACAACACCUAUCGGGUUAGGAGUCUUCCAUUCGGGUGUCGAAAUUUAUGGAGUAGAAUAUGCCUACGGCGGUCAUGCUCUUCCAAUCUCUGGAAUCUUUGAAAUUGUACCCAGAGAUACAGACGAGCUGGGAGAACAAUUCAGAUUCAGACAAUCUGUCCACAUUGGAUACACGGAUUUCACAGAAGAGGAUGUGACCAGGAUUGUCAGUGAAUUGGGAAAAGAUUUUCGUGGGGAUCGCUAUCAUCUAAUGAACAAAAAUUGCAAUCAUUUUAGUAGUCAAUUGACACAGAUUCUUUGCGGACAGGAAAUUCCUGGUUGGGUAAAUCGUUUAGCAUACUUUAGUUCAUGUGUACCGUUUCUCCAGAGAUGCCUGCCAAAAGAAUGGUUAACACCAGACGCGUUGCAGCAUUCUUUGAGCCAUGUAAGUCACCAAGAAAGUACACCGCCCUCGGAUACAUCGUUGUAACAUUCAGCCAACCGUGAUGACAGCGAGGCAAACAUAUUGAAAUGUCGCAGAAGUCACACUUUUUGAAUAUUGGGAUUACUCAAUCCCAAGUACAGAGAAUCACAGAGAACAAACUUUAAAUAAUGACGAAGUUCAAACAACUAAAAACACUAAAAUAAAAUAAUAAAAGCAAAGUUAUUGAAUAAAGAAAAGAAGUUAAGAAUACCAUGUCUUCGAAAGAGUCUCAAGGUAAGCUCAUAAACGCGCAAUGGCUAAUGAGGAAAUAAGUAGGAAGAUGAAAAGAGCAAAAAUUUCAAUUAGUCUACGAAUUUUCGUCCAACCGUUAUGAACGAUUGCGCGUUUAUGACGCACUAAGCAGGAGAACGAAAAACGAGAUAAAAUGCCUUCCUUGUAACGCUGUUCAUUUAAAAAUUGAUCAGUGUACACCUUAAAUAAGAAUUUAGAGAAAUGAAGAGAAAAGAAGAAACCGACAAAACAAUGAAGAUGUAAUAAAGGGAAAAAAAUACUUUGUUGAACUUACGGACGAAAUUUAAUAGCAUUAGAUUGAAUAAUUGAAUGACGAAGAGAGGAGGAAAUAAUGCAGACGAAUAUGAGUGAUUCAAAAACAAACAAAAAAUGUUUCGUCAAACGACGAAUCGUGUAGACGAUUAUGAAAUUUUCUUAAGAGCAUUAACUAAAAACAACACACGAUUCGUGCGAUAUUCGUAAAUGAUUUUUUUUUGUAUAUUCGUCGGUGUUGUUGAAUUGCCUACAUACAGAAACAUCAAGGAGACUGAAACGAGACGAGAAAAGAAAAAACAAAAUUACUACGUUUCGUGUGAAUGAGAAACGUCCCGAUUGAGAUAAACCGUGUUAAAACCUGUUUGAGAACUUUUCAGCUCACGUUUAUAGAUCGCUUAAUAACAACUGUGGACAAACGAUAAAGAAAAAAAAACACAACCAGAACGAGAAUUAGCUAAACGAUAAUAACGCUGUUGCAUCUUGUUUUACAACUCGUUAUUGAAAAUCAAGAUUCUGGGGAUACAGACAUGAAAUAAUAAAUAGUAGUAAUGAUAAUAUUAAUGAUAAAACAAUAACAGUACUGUAAUGAUAAUAAUGAUAAUAACGUUAAUAUUAAUGAAUAAUAAUAUAAAAGUCUUAAAUAUUAACCAUAGAUAUGAAACUCAUCACACACGUCCAUGACAACAAGCUGCGAGUAAAUCUUCAGAAUAAUUUACAUCACAAAUUCAAAAUAAUUUGUAUGAGGGAACAUUUAUUUUUUGUUUCUCCAACAGAAUCGUAUAACAAGAUUUUUUUGGUCUACAGGCAGCUCCGUUUUUAUAGUUUCUAAAUAUAUGCUAUUUCAAUUUUUUGCACCGUUCAGGUGUUUGCACGUCACGUGAUUUCUUAAUCACCUGAACGUCCUCUGAAUAAGUAUUAAUGUUUGGAAAUUUGUCGCACGAUAAUAUUCCUUGUCGUCAUUACACAAAAAUUCGCGAUCCCACCAAUUAACUUGAAUUUAGUAAAAAAUGUAUUUUGAAGACAAAAUAGAGGCGAGACGAGUUUCGAGUCGCGAGGAUUGCUAAACUGCAACGUACGAGGUCGAACUCCAUUUUUUUUUACUUUGCGUGUUUUCAUCGCUAUUGCUUUUUUGUAUGACUUUUGAAUUUCCUUCUUAUUUAUAUCGUCUGACUUGGAUUUUGCGAAAUGUAAGAAAAGAAUGAUCCUCGUGACACCAACGCAUCUUUGAACGGAGAGCUCUCGAACUUUUUCUCUCUACUCUUCAUUGUAGGAAAAAAAACAAGAAAUGUUAGCUCUUCUGGAAUAAAAAAAGAAUAUUCUCGUAAGAAAAGAGAAAAGAAGAACCUAGUCAAAUUGAACAAUCAAUCGAGCGGUAGCGAAUUCCGAGACACGAUUACGACUUGUGUCAUUCAUUUCUGUUUUAUCCCUGAUAUUAACCACUAUUUGGUCUCUCUCCAUUUUAUUUGUGAUUUUGGAGUUUGCAUUGUUUUAACGCACCGAAAGUCUCCUUGCACAUUGAAUUGUUGAAUGGGAGAAGACGUUUGAUCAAUGAAAAUGAUGAACCACAUUUGCAUCCCAACGAUUUACACUUCAACGUCGGUUUUAUUUGCAUUUAUAUUAAAAGCUGCGAUAUUAUCUCACCACGUACUUUCAGACUAGCGCGCACUGUACAGUCAAUUAAAUAACGCCACCUACGCUCUAGAUUCUUGAAAUCAAUCGCGAAAAAUGAGUGAUUGAUCAAAUGAAUCAUAACGUUCAGAAAAACACCAUUAUUUUUCUCGUGACUAAGAGAAAAUAUUUCAAACCGAUAUUUUUCGAAUUGUAACACCUUGAAUUUUGACGAACCCGGAGUUAAUUUGCAUUUUGAAGCAAUUCUGUCUGUGACUCUGGCCUGAUUUGCACUUUUAUCUUUUGAAUUGUAAAAUAAAAAAAUGCACUCAUCCAGUGAAGAUACCUUGUCACAUGAGUUUUUCGUCACGAAGGAUGGUUUACCCGAAAUGUGCAUACUAAUUAUUAUAAUAUUGUUGACAGCACCAUGUACAAUUAAGAAGGAUAUACGUAUUCGAAAACGUUAAAAAAUUGAUAAAAUAAGUCGAAUUUUAAUGAAAACUAAAUAAAAAAAAGAAUAGGGUAAUUACAGAAUAAAAUCGUAACGAGUUUAAUAUUAUUUAAUAAAUUUUCUUGAAUCUUGUAAAACGAAAAAAAAAACACAAAAAUGGAAUCUUUUACUUUAGUUAAGCGUCUAAAUUAAUCGUUGAAAUACUCGCACACUUUAAUGAACUAAAUAAAUAAAAUUUUCUAUGAGAAAAAAAAGAAAAGGAAAAACGUAUUUUCAUCAAAGUGUCAAAAUGUUUUAUUUGUAAUAUAAUAUAUUUUUACUAAUCGACAAAAACUCAAACAAGAAAAUGUUCGCACACUCUAAAAAGUGAAAUAAUUCACGGGAAAAGCCCCAUAAAACUCAACCUCGGAAUUCGUUUUUAAAAAUAAACGAAAAGCAAAAAAAUAGUCACAAUCCUACAAAUUCGAAGUACAGCCAAGAACUAGAAAUUAUUCUUCGUCCAUCAAAAUUGUACCCACAUUCUGCUCCCAACUUUAGCUGUUAAAAUGUUGAUUUUGAAAACCAGAAAACGAAAAUAAACAAUACAACCUAAUCAUUUAUAUUUGGUGACUAAAUUAAUUCCAAGAACAAAACGUAAAGAACCAUUGCUCGUCACGCGCCUAAGAUUUUUCAAAAUUCCAUUAUUUCUUUUGUGCGUUCUGAAGUUAUGAUACAUGGAUGAACGAAAGACUGCCACUUACUCGUCUAUUAGGAGUAUUAAUGUCGUUGACAAUAUAGCAAAUUAUAUUAAAAAAAAGGAAUAAUCGAUGAGAAGAAAUCACGCGUAAAAAUUCUCGAAAGAUGAUAUUGAAUAUUGCAUCGUUGGAUUGCAAGGAUAUAUUUUUGUGAUUCUUCAAUUUCUCGAAUUCCCAAGAUGCUCAAAUUUCGUAUUUUCUUCGCUUUUGUUUUCUCGGGCUCCAAAAACGCUGCUCUUGAAUUUUCAUUUUCUGCAAAAUGCAAAAAGAUUUUGGUAUCUAUUGCGCAGAGUAAAAUAAGCAGAAAAUCAAGAUGCUUCGAUGCAUUUUAACGAUGCAAAAUUCAAAAUUAUUUUCAAGGAAAAUCUUGCAACCUUAACCAAAGUGAAAAUAAAAGAAGUCAUUUAUAGAGGAUUGUCGACAAAUGUAUUAUUCGACACAAGUUUUCGGAGCCCUGUUAACGUAAAAGAGAAAUAAAAAGUAACAUACAAUUGAUAAAAUACUGACAAAGUUGAUGAAAAAUAUAUUAUCUAUAGUGACUAACAGGUACGCGAAAGUAAUUUGUUACAAUUGUAUAUGUAUCUAUUCCCGAAAAGGCGAUAGCAAUAAAAGAAACAAUAAUUAAAGAGAAGAAAACAAAUAAGUUAUUUAACGUUAAUGCUGGCUCAGACUGUAAAUACAUUGAAUUAUGGAUCGACGUAUAUUUUUAGUUCUUUCCUUUCAAAAUUCACAUAUAAAUAAAUAUAAGAAGGGUGUUGAAAAACGAAAACGUACAACUGUUGCGUGUUUCAAGAUAUAAUUUGUCUGUGCUGCAUAUUAAAUUAUGUAAUUUAAAAAAAAAAUGAACAUAAUUAAACAUAAAGAAGAAUCGUAGGUAUUAUCCGCAAAUAUCUUUUUCUUUUACAUCGCGUAGAAUGUUUUAUUCUCUACAACGAACGAGAGAUUUAAGGGGACAGGGAGGAUCGGAGGAACAAGAGGGGAAAAGGGAUAAAAAUCAUAUAUAAAUACUACGAAAAAAAGAGAUCUACAAUUACGCGAACUUACAAUUAAAAUACAGUAUUUGAUUAGAUACUUUGUUAUUUAUAGUCGGAUCAAUAAAUACUUUAAAACAA